UCUGCUCAACUCUAUUUAUAUGGGUAAACCAAAGAAGAAACAAAACACCCAUUUAGAAGCAAAGAAUGGCCAAGGCAUCUGCAGCUUUGGAUUUCAUUGUAUUGUUAUACAUAUGGGUGUACUGUAUGCAGUGUACUGUGUAUGGUAGCAGCCAUUAUGGUUUUUGGGCUUCCAGGAAGAUUAGCACUGUAAUUAGAGCGGAGAAAGAGCUGUGCCUGCUUAAAGGCAAAUGCUAUCUCCAAACUGUCAUAUGUCCCCCACAGUGCCCACAAAGAAAGCCUGCAGAUCCAAAGGCUAAGGCCUGUUUUGUUGACUGUGGCCCAAAAUGUGAACCAACAUGUAAAAAUCGAGUGCCUACCUGUAAUGGCUAUGGAUCUAUAUGUUAUGACCCUCGUUUUAUUGGAGGGGAUGGUGUCAUGUUCUACUUUCAUGGGUCCAAAGGAAAUAGCUACUCCCUUGUCCAUGAUCCAACAUUCCACGUCAAUGGCCACCUAAUUGGCACACGCCCAGUUGGCAGGCCACGUGAUUACACAUGGAUAGAUUCUCUUGCCAUACUCAUCCCCUCACAUACCCUCACAAUCACCUCUAUCAAGGCCUCCACAUGGGAUGAUAAUGUUGAUCACCUCUCUUUCUCAUUUGACAACAACCACAUCACACUUGAAGAAACUCAUGUAGCUGAAUGGAGAUCACUUGAUGGGUUAGUACGCAUAGAAAGAACUUCUAAAAGCAAUAGUGCAGUCAUUUAUGUGGCAGGAAAGGCAGAGAUAAAUGUGAAGGCAGGGCCAAUCACUGAACAAGAUAACCGUGUGCAUAAUUAUCAAAUUCCUUCAGAUGAUUGUUUUGUACACUUGGAUGUGCAAUUUAAAUUCUUUAACUUGUCUAGUGAUGUGGAGGGUAUUUUGGGUAAGACUUAUAGGCCAGGAUAUGUGAGCCCUGUGAAAAGAGGGGUAUCAAUGCCAAUUAUGGGAGGGGAAGAUAGGUACAAGACUUCAUCACUGCUCUCUAUUGACUGCGUAGCAUGCAAUGGAUUUGGAUCAUUGGAAAAGCAAUCUACAACCCUCACUGCAAAGGAAUCAGUAGCUGAGUGGUAAGCAUCCCAACAUGUUAAUGGGUGAUCUAAGUUUGAUUCAUGGGUUUGGAUCAUAAAAAUAACUAACUGAUGUGUUGUUUAUGUACUGAAUAAACAUAUACUCAUAAAUGAUGUGUACUGAAUAAACAUAUACUCACAAAUGAUUAA